AUGGAGGAGUUCCUUCAUUUAGGCGGUUCCAGCACAAGGACACCCUUCACUUUCUCCUCCUUACCGGCAGUCGGCGGCCCACAGCAGGCUUCAGCUGCCUCCGGCAGCUCCUUCUUCUACGGGGCCAGGAGCCAAAACCCUAACCCUAGCACUAGCACUCCCAAGCUCGAGCCUGGUUCUUCUACGUACUUCUCCACAGAUGUGGAAUCCAUCAAAGCCAAAAUAAUCUCACACCCGCAAUACCCUGCCCUUCUCAACGCUUACAUGGACUGCCAAAAGGUUGGAGCGCCGCCCGAGGUGGUUGCGCGGCUAUCGACGGUGGCACGCGAGCUCGAAGCGAGGCAGCUGGCUUCUCCCAGUGGCUGCCGGCGCGGCACGCAGGCUGAUCCAGAACUUGAUCAGUUCAUGGAAGCAUACUGCAACAUGCUCGUGAAGUACAAGGAAGAGCUGACGAGGCCAGUGCAGGAGGCUAUGGACUUCCUAAGGAAGGUCGAAUCUCAGCUCAACUCGCUCACCAAUGGAGCCACUGUUCCCUUCUUCACCUCUGCUUCAUUGGCAGAUGAGAAAUGCGAAGGAGUCGUUUCGUCAGAAGAAGAUCAAGAUGGCAGUGGAGCAGAAGCAGAAGUUCCUGAGAUUGACCCUCGAGCUGAAGACAAAGAACUAAAGCUUCAUCUCCUCAAGAAGUACAGUGGAUAUCUCAGCAGCCUGAGGCAAGAAUUGUCUAAGAAAAAGAAGAAAGGAAAGCUACCAAAGGAUGCCAGGCAAAAGCUUCUCAACUGGUGGGAAUUACACUACAAAUGGCCAUAUCCAUCGGAGACUGAGAAAGUAGCUCUGUCAGAAUCCACGGGUCUCGAUCAGAAGCAGAUCAACAACUGGUUUAUCAACCAGAGGAAAAGGCAUUGGAAGCCAUCAGAAGAUAUGCAGUUUGUGGUUAUGGAUUCUUUUCAUCCACAGAACGCUGCUGCUCUUUAUAUGGGAGGCCAGUUCUUAGCUGAUGGAAAUUAUCGGUUUGGACCAUAACCUGUUAAAGGAGGUCAAAGAAUUAGUGUUCCUUUGCUUAGUUAUAUGGAUGCUUGGAAAGUGAAUUUCUGAAUGAAGUGCAGCAGCUUAAAUUCUCAGUUCUUGAAAGCUGAUUAUGCUUUUUUUUUCUCUCUUUUCUGGAAGAAGGUUGGGUGCUAUUUGUUUAAUAUAAGUCUCCACUAUGUUACUUUUUGUUUAUUGUGAUGUAAUGCAUCUUCAUGAGCAAAGCAUAUG